CAGUUACGAGAGCAUGAGGCAGCUGUGCGACAAGUACAACCGUGCCAUCGACUCCAUUCUUCAGCUGGUGAGUACCGAGAAGGGGACUAGCCUGCCUGCUGCUCGUCUCAACAAGCGUCCAUCUCGGGGAAUGCUGAAGCACAUCCUAACACAAAUCUACAACCAGGCCGUCGUUGAUCCUGAGAAGCUCAAUCAAUAUGAACCUUUUUCACCUGAGGUGUAUGGUGAGACAUCAUAUGAGUUGAUCUGUCAGAUGAUUGACCAGAUCCAUAUUACGGAGGAUGACACGUUUGUGGAUUUGGGUUCAGGUGUCGGUCAAGUUGUACUGCAGAUGUCUGCCCUCACACCUUGCAAGAUCUGUAUUGGAAUUGAAAAGGCAGACACUCCUUGCAGAUACGCCAUUGAAAUGGACCGUUUAUAUACCAAGUGGAUGAGAUGGUAUGGCAAGCAGCACAGUGAGUACAAGCUCUCAAAAGGAGACUUCUUAAAGAAAGAACACCGGGAAGUCAUCACCGGUUCUUCCAUAGUCUUCGUCAACAACUUCGCCUUCGGCCCAAAUGUAGAUCACAUGCUCAAGGAAGUCUUUGCCGACCUCAAGGAUGGGGCUCGCAUUGUUUCGUCUAAAUCUUUUUGUCCUCUUAACUUCAGAAUAACUGAUAGAAACCUAAGUGAUAUCGGGACCAUCAUGCAUGUGUCAGAACUGUCACCACUCAAGGGCUCGGUAUCCUGGACAGGGAAACCUGUCUCCUACUACCUCCAUAUUAUUGAUCGUACCAAGUUGGAGCGCUAUUUCCAAAGACUUAAGAACCCCAAACUGAGGGAGGAUGAGGCUCCUAGUGUGCGCAGAGUUCGGAGGGACCUCACCAAGGCCUCGCUUAAUUCUGAAACUUCCUCUAACAACUCCUCUGACCAAAAUAAGGAUCUUGAUGACCCGGUGAUUGGCCCAACAACCAGGCGUGCAUGGAAUGACUGGUGUUCUAGCUCAACUAUCAUAAAUUCCUCUUCGUCUGCCAAAACCACCCCAAAGGGUUCAUCUUGUCGAAGCUCAGCUGAUGAGAAUGACGAAAAUGUCAACAAUGGUGCGACGCGACAUGCGAAUGCAGGGAAAAGACGGAGAAAUACUCAGAGAAGAGCAGCCGCUUCCAAACCAUCUAUUGUGGAUGAGCCAGAUCCUCCUGUGGCGCCCCGAGUGCAGAGACGAGCCACCAUCAGUAGAAGAGGUGGGAAGAGAGGUCAGAGGACAAGCAAGAAGCCUAUCAAAAUUAAUGGUUUGGAUCUCCUGCAUACACAGACACUACUCAGCACAACGGAAGGUACUGCAGGAAAGCAGACAUCAUAUCAAGAGCCUGCACCUGGCUGCGUUGAUCAGAAGUUGUCCCUCUUUACAUCAUCCACAGUUGGAGGCGUGAUUCGGCACGAGGAAUUGCCCAUUCCUCCAAAGUCAGACACGCCAUAUGCCCUGGAGGUUCUCCUGGAUGUAUUCCGUCAGCAGUUCCUUAACAUGUUGGAUACCAUCAAGAAUCCUGAUUACAAAGACUAUGUGUUACAACAGAUUGAGGUGGAAAAGGAAAAGAACAAGUCUUUGAAAUCACGGGCAGCCCAGCUUGAAAGACAGAUCAAGGUUCUCAUUGAUGAUUCAGUUGCUCUGUUAAGAUCUCGCAUCUCAGAACUGGGUAUGACAGCUGCAAAUCCAGAAGACCUUCUAAACAGAGCUAAGGAAAUUGUGUGGCGCCACAAGGAGCUCCAAGCCAAUGUUUCAUCCCUUCAACAGCAAGUAACAUCUGCUGAGGAAGAAAAGGAGCGACUUGUAAGACUAAGAAAACAUGAAAUGAUUAACAAGUACCAGAGGAACGGACAUGUUAAUGGAGUGAACCUUGACAUGUCCAACUUAACGCAAGAGUUCAUCCUGCGAGAGAUUUCUCAAACUCUGUCUCAGAGAAAGAAGCUUCACACUCAGGUUUCAAGACUGGAAUCUGAGGUCAAUAAUUUGGAGAGUUCAUCACCGGAGGCUGCAAGAAACCAGAACCUGGGGCAACGCUCUGAUAAGUCACCUGGGAGACACAAGACCAGGCAUAGGAGCCGUAACCAAGAAUGGCCAAACAUUCCUGAUGUAGGAAAAAUUGAGGAGAAGAAUCCUGAAAUUUUAGCUCAGAAGAUACUAGAGACUGGGAGGCAAAUUGAAGCUGGAAGAUUCCCUGUACUUCCAGCUGGCACGGAAGUUAGAGUACAUGAAGGCCGAUUACCUGUUAACAGUGAAGCUCCACGUAUGCCACAUCCCACAGAUGGAAGACCAACAGAAGUGAGGACACAGUCAAUACCUGUGACUCAAGAAGGUGGCCGUGUUGUGGUGCUGGCUCAGAGAUCGUUACCAAACAAUACCCUGACAGCAAAGGUUGAGGUGACUAGUCAACCAGAGACAAAAUACCAGCCGCCUCCAGUUCGACCUCCUUCAGAAAAGAACCAAAGAACUUUCUCAAUGGUACGGGCUCAGGAACCCCCAAGAGUGGCGGACUUUGAAGAUCGUUUGAAGCUGAUUAUUACAAAUGUCCUUAAUGAAGACAAGCCACCUGCUCUGCAGCAGAGACCAUCUCCCGUCCCAGCCCAGUCACACCAGUCCUAUUCGUUGCCAGGGGCAAACAGUCAGGAGCUGAAAAAAGAGAUGAGAGAAAAGAGAGGUGAGAUUCGAGAAUUAAAAGAAUUAAAAGAGUCAAAAAUUGGUCAGCCAGACUAUACGCAGGUUUCCCCUGCCAAACUAGCCCUGCGGCGUCACCUUUCUCAGGAGAAGCUUGCAUUGGAAUGUGGACCUCCUGGAUCACUCAAAAUUCAACCAAUCACCAGAAAUGUUGGAGAUCUCAUUAGUAGUGAAGUAGAGCGAUCAUUAGAAAUCUCCUCCCAGUCUACUGGCAGUUCUGCUGUUGACAUGACCAUAGCAGGAAAAUCCAUCUCUCCACGUCCAAAUUCACGGAUAGCAAGAAUAGUGGAAGAGAGUUAUGGCAAACCCCACACCCCUGACAGUGGUGAUGGUCGUCAACAGUCUCCAGCACUGAGGAUGGUCUACUCACCCAUCUCGAGGCCAAACAGCACUGAGAGCCUGCCCUCUACACCACAACCACCACAGGCAAUGGAAGGCUUGAUGUACCCCCGAGUCAAGUCUCCUCGGGGCCAGCCAUUUGAGGAGAAGCCACACAUGCCCCCACCAGUACCAUCACCUGGUCGAGAUGGGCUAGAGGCCCGUCUAGCUUCCAUGUAUGGGACCAAGUGCCCACCACCUCCUUCAACCCCUCCCACCAGCCAGGCCACUCCCCCCUUGCCUUCAGGGGAUAAUAAUAAGAGCAGAUAUGUGCCACUUCCAAGGGCAGAAAUAUCACCUAUCCCUCACCACAUGAAUGAAAACAGAGGCUUACCAGUGGAGGGUCCUGUGGAGGGACUUGCUGCAACACUUCAUGCAAGAUUUGUCAGUAGACCACACCUUCAAACAAAAGUCAAGGUCAAGGAGGAACCCAUUGAUGUCAGAAGUCAGGAGGACGACCGAAUGAAGCGCAAGAUGAGAUCCCCCCCUCCGUUGCCCAUGACCAUCCCACCCAAGAAGCAGCACUACUCAGAAGGUCCCCCACCCUCUUCCAAUGCGUCUUCAGUCAUGAGUCCACCAUCGUCCAUGUCCUGUGUCCCAGUUACCUUGCCAACCGCCUCCCAGUCGUCCUCUUCCAAUAAACCCUCCAUUAUUGUCAGUCACCCUACUACCAGCCAGUUGAAGACAGAACCACUGGACAAGAAAAUAGAUGGCUCUAGUCUGUCGCCCCGUUUGUUGCAUGACGCUAGUAGAGUAUAAUGGGAGAGACCUAUACUAACGGGUAGUGUUUGGGUAAGUAUUAGAAAGCCUUGUGCAUGACCGGAGCUUAUAGCACGUCCUAGCCACAUGCCGCCAUCUGUA